AUGGGAAGCAUCGAGCGCAGCAAUGGCAGUGAUGGCCAGACUCACAGAUAUCGUAUUGGUGUUGAUGUUGGAGGAACCAACACUGAUGCCGUGCUGAUCUCACUUGCACCGACGCAAAUUGUUGCAUCACACAAGGCACCCACGACACCAGACGUCACGACGGGCAUCACGCAAGCCGUCCAGACAGUGAUCCAAGCCAGCAAUGUGCCCCUCGAUGCCAUCAGCUGCGUUAUCAUUGGCACCACCCACUUCGUCAACGCGGUAGUCCAGAGGUCAUCGUCGCUGCAACGUGUCGGAGUGGUCCGCUUGUGCGGCGGCAGUAAAGAUGGCUUUGGACUCGGAGUGCCGCCGUUCAUUGACUUCCCGCGCGACCUCCGUCGCUUGAUUUCCACGCAGCCCUACUUCUGCGAGGGCGGCUAUCAGAUUUCUGGCAGCGAAAUCUCUCCGCUUGAUGAGGCUGAAUUGAACCAAGUCGCAGAGAAACUGGUCGCUGAUAACAUCUUCAAUGUCGUCGUCUCGGCCGUUUACUCCCCCCUCAACUCGGAACACGAAAUCCAAGCCGGCGACAUCCUGCUGCGCGAAAUGCAACAGCUAGUGAAAGCGCGUGGCAUUUCCACACGGCCGCGAGUUACUCUGUCGCACGAAAUAUCGUCUCUCGGCUUCUUGGCCAGGGAGAAUGCCGCCAUCUUGAACGCCACCCUGAGGCCGCUGGCUGAGAAGACCAUUCUUGGUUUCCAAAAAGCCAUGCAGGACAUCUUCCAUGGCACUCCCUGUGCAUUGUAUCUCACCCAGAACGACGGCAGCGUCCUCAGCGCCGAGGAUGCCAUCGAUCUGCCUAUCCGGACAUUCAAUUCAGGGCCGACGAAUUCGAUCCGCGGUGGUGAUUUCCUUUGGAACUCCGCAAGUGCCGAUGCCGGUGGGAACAGCGUCGAGCGCCAGGACGCCCUUGUGGUCAUCGACAUUGGGGGAACUACCUCUGAUAGCGGUCUGCUGCUUCCAAAUGGGCUGCCCAGAAUGAGCUCGGUGAUGAGUCUCGUUGGAGGGGUGCGUACCAACUUUGCCUUGCCCGCCGUCGAAAGCGUGGGACUUGGUGGUGGAAGCAUUGUACGAGUCUCGGAGAAGGAAGUCACCGUGGGCCCGGACAGUGUCGCGUUGGAGCUCCUACAGAAGGCUCGGCUCUUUGGCGGUGAUGUCCUGACCGCUACCGAUAUUGUCGCGGCAUCGGAGUUGCACUCGCCCAGUGGACACAAUCCGCUAAAAGGAAUGGGCGAUCCCAAUCGUCUGAAGGACGUCACACCCGAAACCAUCAAAAGGGCCAAGGCGCGGAUGCGCAAGAUCAUUGAAGAGCUGGUCGACCGCACCAAGGUGCAGAAAGGAGACGUGGACGUGUUGAUUGUCGGUGGAGGUGCCAUCGUCAUUGACGUUGACGAGCCCCUUGCAGGGGUUCGGGCGGUUCGCAAAGUGAAGGGUGGAGAAGUCGCCAACGCUGUCGGUGCCGCCAUUUCGAGAGUCUCCGGAGUCGUCGACACCGUAGUGGACACGUCGCAUCAGACGCUCAAGGAAGCUCAGGAGAAGGUAUCGCAAUCGGCCGUCGAUGCGGCCGUUGCCAACGGAGCGCAGCGGGAUACUGUCCAGAUUGCCGAAGUUACCAUCCUCCCCAUCCAGUAUGUCGAUGCCAAGGCACGGAUCCAUAUCCGCGCCGUGGGCGUGCUCGAUACCGUCAAACAGUCGAAGAAGGCGGCCGCCGGCGGUGAGAUUGUCCUGCCGGAGCUGCCUCAACAACAAAAAUCCGGCGCCAAUGUCGAACAAAAAGACGAUGCAGAGGACGAAGUUGUCGACAUCCAAACGUACCGACCCAAGAUCGAAAAAGGUCUUUGGGUUGUUUCCAUCACCGACCUCGAGUGGAUAGCCGAGGGCUGCAAGGUGCUCGGUUGUGGAGGCGGCGGCGACCCGUACCAACAGUAUCUGAAGAUCCGGGCUCUUUUGGAAAAGUCGCCCGGCAGUAUCAAGAUCGUGUCACCCAAUGACCUUCCCGAAAGCGCCACCGUCGGAUGGACCGGCUGCAUGGGAAGCCCCGAAGUCAGCAUGGAGCGCAUGGAAGCCGACGAAUGUAACAAGGCCCACGACGAGCUGACCCGGGUCAUGGGACUGAAACCUGCGGAUGCAUUCAUGGCGUUGGAAAUUGGUGGCGGGAACGGCGUCGUCAACCUCGAAGUUGCAGCCGCCCAUGGCGUGCCAUGCGUCGACGCCGACUACAUGGGCCGCGCAUACCCGACGUACUGGCAAACCACGAUCAACGUCUACGGCACCGCGCACGGCGAGGCACUGGUCCCGGCAACCAUUGCCAGUGGUGACGGGUCAUUCAUGACCAUGACAGCCAGCCGGACGGACAAGCUCGUGGACAAGGCGUUGAGGGCUGCCGUGGUCGAAAUGGGAUGUCGUGCGGGCAAAGCGGCGCCUCCAAAACCAGCCAAAGUGGUCCAGGAACAAGCCGUCCUGAACACCGUGUCACUUGCCUGGUGGAUUGGACGCGCCAUCGCGCUCGAGAAGAACAUCAACGACAAGGCGAACCGGAUCGUCGAGGCCGUCGGCGGCUCUGCAAGCGCAAAGGUCUUGGCCGAGGGCAAAAUCACCAGUGUCGAGCGUGUUCUCAAGACAGGUCAUACUUAUGGAGUUGUCGAGGUCGAUGGAGUUCUUAGCGACGGAACCAAGGCCACGGUGAAGAUCCCGUUCAAGAACGAGAACGCCUUCGUCGAGGCCACCACUCCGGAUGGCAAGGUCUCCAUUCUGGCUGCUGUUCCGGAUCUUAUUGCUGUUCUCGAUUCCGAGACGGGCUCCGGUCUAGGCACACCGGAAUACAAGUAUGGCUUGAAGGUGACCAUCAUCGCCAUUGCCGCCUCGCCUCGCUGGACCGAUACUCCACGGGGUCUGGAUCUUGGUGGUCCCGGCUCUAUGGGCUUUGAUGAUAUCAAGUACGUGCCCAUCGGCACGUAUAGCAAGCCGCGGAGCGUCAUUGAAACCUACGCAUAG